AUGGACGACGAGGAAGACUAUUCGAAGCUUUCUCUCACGGAACGGUGGACGCAUUCCAAGUGGAACGUUCGUCAGGGCGCAUACAAAGAGGCUGCUGAAGCAUUUGCAAAGUCUGACGCGUCGCUCGCGCCGUUCGCCUCAGACCCGUCCCUUCUUAAAUCAGCAGCCACUGAUGCGAACGUGAAUGCUCUGGAUUCUGGCGUUCGCGCGGUUGCAGCGUUUUUGGCGUAUGCAGAUCUCGUCGUUUGCUCAAAGGUGACUGCAGAGGUUUUGCGUCCUAUGGCUGAAAAGGGCCUGGGGGCGGUUAAACCUGCCGUCAAAGCGGCAACCGUUGAGACCAUUUUAGCAUUUGUCGAAAGCUCUUCGGAUCCCAGUGCUACUGUAACUGAACUUACUGAGCUCACUGCACAUAAAUUGCCCAAGGUUAUUGCUGCCUCAAUUGCUUCUUUGACGGCUAUUUACACUCAGUUCGGCACACAGGCGGUAGACCCCAAGCCGGCGUUGGCUGUGCUUCCCAAGCUGUUUGCUCACACUGACCGCACGGUGCGUGCCGAAGCAGUCAAACUGAGUUUGGCACUGUCCUGUUACAUCGGGGCGCCAGCUAUCUCUGCUGUGCUGUGCGAUAUCAAACCCGUCCAAUUGAAAGAAUUACAGGAACAAUUCGCGAGUGCGCCCGCCCUUAGCCCUACACGCACAUUACGGAUCAAAGCAUCUUCGGGUGCAGCAGACUCGUCCAUGCACGACGAAGUCGUCGAGGAAAGUGAGCCGGUGGAGAUUGACCCGUACGACCUUGCUCCCACGGUUAAUGUUAUGGCGAAAAUACCUGUCACCUACGAGCGGAUGAUGACGUCUUCUAAAUGGAAAGAACGGAAAGAAAUGCUUGACGAGAUUGUUAAUAUUUUGAACGUGCCAAAGAUGAACACCGAAAGUGACUACAUGAACCUCGUUCGGACUCUGUUGCCGAUUAUUGCAAAAGACGCGAAUAUAAUGUGUGCUACACAAGCAAUGAUUGCGAUUAUGCAUUUGUCUAAUGGAUUGAGGUCAAGCUUUGGCCGAUACGCUUCACGCGACCUUCUGCAGGCCAUCGUCGACCGAUUCAAGGAGAAGAAAGUGACUGUGCUGGAAGCUGCCUCAGGAGCUCUACAUGCACUAGUCCAGUCGCUUUCACUCACCGAUGUGUUUGAUACGGUUGUUGGUAAUUUUUCGUCUAAGGUCCCCCAAAUCAAGAUUGAAUGCACAAAGUUUGUGGCAAGUGAGCUUGCGCAGGCAAAAGAAAUCCCCCCACACGCUGUUAUACAAGAAGUUGUCGCUGCUGGCAUCAAACUAAUGAAUGAUACCCAAGAGUCAGUUCGAAGACAGAGUGCUAUCCUGCUGGGAACUAUUAUGAAGAUGGUCGGGGAGCGUGCGCUUGCGUCGGCCCUGCAGUCCCUUGACGACAUUCGUAUGGCAAAGGUUCGUGAGGCCUAUGAGUCUGCAGUUGUAUCUGUCAAGCCCACUGUGCCAACAACCAAGGCUGCUCCAGCUGCCAGCUCUGCAAGGAGUGCGGCGCGCCCCAUGGCAGCCCCUCCCCGCAGGCGUGAGGCUCCUUCCGCCCCCCCAGCUGCCUCCCCUCCUAAACCACCGGCAGCUACACCGGUAAAGAAAUCUGGAGCACGAACUGUGCAUGGCGCAGAGUUUACGCCUGCUCGCCAGCCGCCGGCUGCUCGACGCCGGAUGGUGUCGCCUAUCAAACCACCUGCGGAACGGCCCAUUGCCCGCCCAUCCCGGCUCACCGCCCCACAAGAGGCACAUCCAGACAUGGAUUUUGAUAGCGAUAUUGAGGAGCUCCAGCGUACGAUUCGGCGGUUGGAAGAUCAAUGUGAAAGCUACAAGGUGCGGCUGGAAGCAGAACAGAGUCGUCGCGAAGCAGUGGAUGCAGAGAACCAGGCACUCAGAGAGCAGCUAAAUGCCGCUCGUCAAUCUCAGAAUGAUAUGGAGAGUGUCAGCGUGCGUAUGAAUAGUAUGUCGCUCGACUCGCGACGGAUCUCAGCCCUGCGGCCGCUUUCGCGCAGCAGCAGCGGAGGAGCGGGCGGCAAUGGCGAGGAGCCGCACCACCGAAGCCACAGCCGGCUUGUCCCUAUUGCGCCACCCUCCGAUCCGCCCAAGACCCCGGCACGAUCGCCUCGAAUGAGCAUGCCUGCCCAGAUGGAGAGCUCGCCAGUAAGCCAGGAGAACUGGAGGCGUGCUGCAGAAGUGACGAGCGAGCUGAAAAGGCGCAUUGAGGCCAUGAAACGCCAACGGGGCACCGCUUAA